AUGCAAUUAGUUAAUAAACCUUUGCAGAUUUGUAAAGGGAAUUGGGCACCGGAUAAAGAUGUCACUGGCAGCCGUGAUGCCAAAGUACUCCCUAAAACGUUACCCUAUAAACAACAUACUUCACUGAAGUGGACGCCUGUGCCCUGGCUUGGAGUUCUAACUCUUGGUGGACAAUAUAAGAACGAAUCUAUAGGACUGAUUCCCGUGGUCAUGAUAUCGGAUAAAAAAGGAAUUGCUGAUGCGAGAAGCAUGGCCUCGUUGAACAAGUACAAUUGGGAAAAUAUAAGGAAUGACACAUACGUGAUGUUUUUGACAAAGAAAAGUAAAGCCUGGUACGCUAAAGUUGAAAAAAUAAUUUUACAUCCAGAAUACAAUGAAGAUACAUUGACCACAAUAGCCUUCUUGAAUUUGGAAUAUGAUUUGAAAAAGAUGGAAGGUAAAAUGUUGAGAUGGCCAUUUAGGUUCAGCAAUGUGACGCAAACAAAUACAGAAGUAUUUGCGAUUGGGUACUCUAACCGCAGUCAAAUAUUUGAGCAAAUUCUCUUUCGAAUGGACCACGUCAAGUUAGGAGAAUGCAAAGCCUUUUAUUUUGUAGAAGACAUGGGAUUGAGUGUAUGGGGACCAGGGUGUUCGCUACCAGCUCGGUUCGUGGACUUUGAACCUUUCGUACCCUGGAUCAUGUCUAAUAUGGAAACUCGGCGUAAUUAUUGGCAACCGGAAAGUAUUGGUGUACGGCCUGAGAAGUUUCGAGAUAAGUGGAUGCUGUGGAGACUUACUGACACCAGUUUGGCUUUGAGACCGCUUAACCUGAUAGGCGAUCAAGAAAUAGAAACAGUUCAUGGUCAAUGUGAUGAUGACAACAUGAGAAGUGAUCAGCUCAUUUACAAGGAGGUCACAGAGUUCACUACCAGACGGGGCUUAAAUCGGAGGGCAAUAAAGGCUACUGCCGUAUAUGGGCUAUCGUUAUACGAUCGGAAUUUUAAUAAAACUCAUUACACUUGCGUUCAAGUGGUUGCCAAAUGCAGUCAAAAAUCUGACAGCAAAUUGGAAUACUCAAAAGGUUUUGAAGAGACAGAUAUGUUUCAACCUUAUGUUAAAAUUUUACCCGUAAACCCUUCGUCACACCAAGAUGUCUACCCACCAUAUGUCCAUACUAUAAAAGAUGCAUGGGAAAAGUAUGAGUAUGAAGUGAUUGGAACCGAUAUUACUCAUCUAAUCUUCAGAUUCGAAUUUGAAGUACAGGGCCUUAUUGAAGUGCAGUUCUUUGGGAAUCGAACUGAUGCGUAUCCACCUAUCGAAACAACCACUGCACUCGGUGGCGUCGACCGUAUAAAACUCGUACACUCAAGCCCCACCGACCGUACAUUUAUAAAGAUACAUGGAUGUGGUUUGUUAGUUAUGACCUCACAACAAAAUCCAAAACAUAUAAGAGACCGACAUCCACGACGAGAAGAACAAAACGAAGAAAAGCACAAAACGCGUCAACUGCUUAUUGGUGGAAUAAAUGGUGGUAUUUCCAGACGGCGGGACCGCCAUUCCUGGACAAGGAUUGGUGGAAAGGAUAGAUUAAUAAGUGUAAAAAACUUGAUAUGUAAAAUUGCUAUCGUAAUUGAAGAAGUUGGCCUUGAGAUCAAAAAUGAUCACACAGCAAAGAUGUAA